AUGCCACAGACCUGGCUGUGCAGAGACACCAGUGCAUUCAGUGCUGUGGGCAAUGCCAGCCCCGAGGACACUGGGCCCCAGAUAAUGCUGCUGGAGACAAGAGACCAGAAGGAUCCAGUGCCCACUAGGCUUCCCCCUAUUAUCUCAGAAGAUGGGAAUUACUCCGUGCACCAAAAUAGCCACAUGAAGUACCAUGAAGCUGUUCGGAAGGUAUCGUUAAAGACAUUCCCCAAUCAGGUCUUCAGGGUCCCCCUGACUGAUGCUCAGAACUUCAGCUUCUGGCGGUCCAACAGUGCAGGAGUGCGCCCAGAGGAGACCAUGCCAUGGAUCCGGAGCCCCCGCCACUGCCUCAUCAAAAGUGCAAUGACCAGGUUUAUGGAUCACUCUAUUCUCAAUGACAGAAACUUCAGUCUGUAUUGAGCAGGAUGUGUUUGCAGAAGGACACCGCAGAUGGAGCGGUGAAGAGGGAGGUAUCCUGGUUCCAAUGGCUGAUUAAUGGGAGGAGGGGACUGAGAAAGUGCAAUAAAUAGACUGAUCUAGAAGUAACUUGUGUACACAGGAAAUGAGGGAGUGGGAAAUUAUUCCCCAAUUCCUGUGAGAUCAGGACUGUGAGAGAUUCCUGAAGGAGUCAGAGCUUGGUGCUUGGUUUGGGAGGGGCCAGGACAGACCACUACAAGGGGUCCUGAGGUCAUGCAUGGAAGGAGUCAGAGUAACGAAUGCUGCCGGGCCUCAGAAAGGUCACGCUCUCUGCAGACACUGCAGCCUCAUCUUGGCAGAUGAAAGAGGUCUACAGAACCCCCGGCAGGGGCCUG